AUGGGAGUUCGUGUGUACAUUGAGCUUACGAGAGAAAACAGAGUUUUUGGGAUGUAUCCAAUGUGCGUUAGUAUUCAUGAUAUUGAUAUUGAGUAUGAUGCAACCGGUAAUCGUAUUAUUAUAGAUGAUGUGCUGCAACUUGGAUAUAGCAAGAAUCAGGAUGGUAUGGAUGUUUGUGGUUCUACAGGAAAGGCUGUUGUUUUGUUUGAGAAUGAUAACAAUUUGCUAUACUCUGGACAAGGUGUAUUCACAAAGACAAGCAACAAGUUGGUUUAUUGGAGAAGCGGUUGUCAAGGCAAAAUAACUAACCAUAAAAGGAAGGUCACCCCUGGGGAUAUAAUACACGAUGUCAAAAAUGAAUUCAGAGUAGAUGUUUCUUAUAUGAUGGCAUGGAGAGCUAGAGAGAAGGCUAUAAAAGAUUUGAGAGGUGAUCCAGCUGAUUCAUACAAGAAGUUGCCGGCAUAUAUAUACAUCCUUGAUAAAACGUAUCCUAGAUCGCUUGUUAAAAUGCAUAAAUCACCAGGAAAUGAGUUUAUGUAUUUGUUUGUAUCACUCAAAGCAUUCAUAAAGGGAUUCGAGUGUUGUAGACCAAUAGUUGUAGUGGAUGGUGCACACCUUAAAUCAACGUAUAAUGGUACAUUUGUGUUGGCAAGUACUUUGGAUGGAGCAGGUAAUAUCUUACCACUAGCGUAUGGUGUGAUAGAUUCUGAGAAUAAUAAGUCCUGGACGUGGUUCUUUGAACUAUUCAAGAAAGCUUAUGGUGUUAGGCAAAAUAUGUGUGUCGUGUCCGACAGACAUGAAAGCGCAUACACCCAUGAUGAGUUCGAUAAAUUGAUAGAGAAGAUUGGGAAUGUUGAUAUUCGGGUAAAACGAUACCUAGAAGAUGCUGAAAGGGAUAAAUGGUCUAGGUUUUAUUCACCUGUUAAUAGAGGAUGGACAAUGACUUCGAAUAUACCCGAAUGUAUUAAUGGAAAACUGGUUACUAUAAGAGAAUUACAUAUUUUUGAUUUCCUUGAAGAAGUGAGGAAGAUGUUUGGUAGAUGGAAUUGCACAAAUAGAAAAGAUGGUACCUACACAUUCACAACACUGAUGAGGCGAUAUCAAGAGAUGUUGUCGAUCAACGAGUACAAUUCAAUACGAAUGAGGGUUGAAGCGUCAACUGAAUAUGUUUACACAGUGAAUGAUGGACCGAGGCGUUUCAUAAUCGAUUUGAAGAAGAAAACUUGCAGCUGUAGGAUGUUCCAACUGGACGAGAUACCGUGUUCUCAUGCAUGGGCAGUAUUGAAAAAUAAAAAUUUGACUGCUAAUGCAUAUUGUUCAGAAGUAUUCAAGCCAGAAACAGUUGUGAACACAUAUGAUGUGCCGGUUGAUCCUCUUCCCGAUGAGACCGAGUGGAAUGUUCCUAAAUGCAUAUCAGAUGAAGUUGUUAUGCCACCGAUCUAUAAGAGACCCCCUGGGAGGCCAAAAAAGAAGAGGGAUAAGCCAUUACAGGAGUUGAUUAUUGGUAAACCCAGGAAUGCUUGCGGUAAAUGUGGACGUCUUGGUCAUAACAGCCGUUCGUGUGAUAAUCCGCCGCUCAAUAAGAAGAAUAAAUAA